AGAGAAUGUCUGCGCAGUGGUUUAGCGUAUAACUGUAGCUGACCGCGUUAAAUACGAGGUAAACUACCGAAGCAAGCUCGGUUUAGACAACCAGGUAUAAUAUUUUCGGUUAAGUACAUUCUCUGUGUGGGAGCAUGCCCUCUUGGACAGUGAGAGGGAUGCUUGUUCGGCCGUAGAUGAAUCGAUCGUUACUUGUUUCAAGGGGAUUGUGUUGAUAAAUUAUUCCAUGUUAUUUUUCCUUCAUUUCUUCCCCAAUAUUAAUAACCAUAAGCGUAGUUUCCAAUGCCACCCGGCUCUUGGUCAAUCUCCCACAGGGCUUAUGCGCCAUCAGUAGAUAACUGAAAGCAAACCAAACGCGAAGGUAUAAGAAAUACUGCGAAGUGAAUCCGUUCUCGUCCGAUUUGCCGCUUGUCUUUCGUCAAACAGCCACUGCGCUUGCGUUACACACUACCGAUACUUACGGUAUCGUACACCAUUCGCCGAGCACGUGAUGUCGUCAGCGAUCAAGGCGUGUGUGUCACGCCCACUGCUGGCGAACAAGCCACGGAUUCUAGCAGCGAGUUCCAUGCUCUGUCGGUUAUUUAUCCGUACACAACUGCUGCACAUUCAUGCAAGUAUUGCACGCUGCCGUGGGGAUUGCCUAUCCUAAGUGGAGUGUUGGCUUGCGCUAGUUGCUUAAGUGAAGUUUGGCAUUGUCUGUCGUUGAGCAGGUCAUUUGUGACGCAGAUGAUCUGGCUCUGUCAACAGGCCUUCACCCGAAGUUCUCAUUAUUAUGAAUCUCCGGUACUCUUCUCCGCGACAAUACUUGCAGGGGAAUUUUUUUUCUUGCAGGUUCUGGGUGACUUCAUAAAACAAUUUCCGCGUAAACAGUGAGCAUAGACAUCAUGGAUCCAUGGACGUGGUCAGCUGGCAAGGGCGUCUGGCUCGCUGUCUUGUUUGAUGUGACGCUGGCUCACUCCGUUUACUCGCAGCGCCGCUUGGGGACCGACUCCGACGACAUAUGGGACGAGCUGACCUUGUCUACCGGCGCCAAAGUGGGGGCCAUCCUGUUUGCGAUCGUGGUCGUCGCCACCGUAAUGCUCGUCUGCUGGUGCGCGUGCGCAAGGAGGACGCGCGGGCAGGAAGCACGGGAGCCGCUCUUACCUCCUCCAAUGGCGCCGGGUAUGCUCGGCCCAGCUGUGCGCGGCUACGCUCAGCAGCCUGUACCGUGCGCAAUGACAUCUCCGGUCGCACCGUACCCGCAGCAGUACUACUACCAGCAACAAGCACCGCCUUACCCACAAGAGGGACUCUACGUCGGCCACAACAUGGCGCCCUACGCGGAGCCACCCACGAUGCCCAUGCAACCGCCGUCGGCGCCGAUGCUGCCACCACCGCCGCCUCCAUACCGUUAUCCACCGCAAUAUGCUCAAUGACACGUCGCAGUAGCCCCGUACGAUAAGGGUGCUGGACAUUAGAGAUAUUUAGAUUAGGGGACGCAAGCGGCUUGCGUGCGCAAGAACUAGGGGUCAUGGUACUGCGCAUGCGCAGACCGGCAAGCGGAUUGCGUACGCAAUAGGGGCCACGGUACUGCGCAUGCGCAGUACCAUGACGCCAGGUUGCGUACGCAAGCCGCCUUGCGUUCCCUAAUAUAAAAUUAUCUAUUGACUACUGGAUGCAGCUGACAACGGCGGACUGCAUCGCCAUGCCGUUUACGGCACUGUCUAGCUGAAGGACAGUAUAUGAACUCUCGAGAACGCCCCGGCCCAUACCGCAAGUCGAACAGUGCUGUGUGACCAUUGAGAUGAUGACAGUCGGCGCACGAUUUGCAUAAUAUAACGUGUAUAAUAACGUGGCAGGUAUAUUGUGCAAAAUGAUAAUGUCAACAUAAGAACGAGCGCUUGUGUGCUCGGCGCGUGUGUGAGUGUGUUUUUCAGCGCUCCUGAGCUUCUACCAAGACGACGCAUAAUGGCUUUCACAAUUUAAAGACGCCAGAAUGCAAUAAGGAAAUAACCACAAGAUAACAUGUGUAUACACACGAGACCCACUUAUCUUAAGGCUUCGUUAACUCUUCAGCAUCGCUGCAAGAUUCAACAGGUCCCAAGGCUUCGUAAUACCUCUAUCAAGAAUAAUUAGAACAUCAGAGGUGACAAACGUUAACUUUAGACGCAAAAUAAGUGGUGAAGGAUGCAUACAACAAAUAGCACACGAGGGACAGUCAAAAAGUUCCCCGAAUGGUGGUUCAGCGUGCUAUUAAUUGUGACGACCUAUGGUAAUGCUUACCUAAUCACCUUCGAAGUAGGACCCUUGCGCGCACACACACUUGCUCCAUCGCUCCUGACAUUGUUGGAAGCAGCGGUAGAAGGCUUCUUUCGGAAUCU